AUGGACCAACAUAUGGAUGAGAGCACCCCCAUCACGCCAGUGGCCCCCGAGCCAUCUCCUGGGUCAUCAAUCUCUUCGUUGCCAUCUAUGCCACCAGCUGUUCAACGGCACAUUGUCACGGAAUAUAACGAUGCAGUCUACAAUCCCCGAGCUAUCCCCAAGAUACCUCUCCGUGUACCUCAAAAGAAUCCUCGACGAAGCCUUGGACCGCCACCUCAUCCGGGCUCGUAUGUGCCUUCCUCCCCUGCCAGUACCAUCACGAGCACGGGACACUUGUCUCCCCCUUACAAAGCGGACUCUGCUGCCGGAGAAAUGGAUAGAGAAGAUGACAAUACCACUCCUGAGGCUGAGCAAACGGACGAAAAACAUUGGUUUGAAGAUCGAAGGCGUUCUCGGCGGUUCCUGGUCAUCGUCGGCAUUGUUACUUUGAUCAUCAUUGUUGGACUGGCAAUCGGCCUGCCUCUGGGUUUGAGAAAUAAAGUUUCUACCCAAGGCAGUCAAGCCGACGACGCAGACGGCUCUGGUCUUCCUUUCCCGGCUGGCUCAUUUUCUUUCAAGACUUCUCUUCAGAAAACCGAAGCGGGGUGUACAUCCAAGAAUACUACUUGGAGAUGUGAUCCUACGACGCCAGGUGGCUCAAGCACCUUCUAUUGGGACAUUACGCAACUGAACUACUACACUUACACCAUCACGUCCAGCCAGAACCCCUUUGCUCCGGACUUUACCAACGUCAGCAUGAAGAUUCGUGACUACAACAAACCCACAGAACGACUCGAAUUCUCUUUUCUGGUGAACAAAACAGUCAUACCGUCAGAUGCGGGUUCUCCAACAAACCGUGCUGCCAAGUGUGCCUAUGCAGACACCAAGUUCGCAGCAACGCUGUACACUCGAAAGCGUGGCACCACUCUCAUUGACCCUCCCGCCCACCACACAAAAUAUGCUGCAUGGCCGGGAGACAUGGAGAUUGUUCAGUCACUGGACUCGACUAUUGGCCAACCUGUUUGUCAAGACGCCAUGAGUCACCCGAUUGCAGAUGUUAGUGCCGGCCCAGGGACUUGUCAGUGCCAGUACUCCAAUACCGACAGCCAAUAG